GCACACUCAUGUUUGGAGAAUAGAAACUUAGACAGAGAGGGAAAACGAAUCUUAAGUGAAGCAGGGGGGGCGGAUCCGGGCUGUAUAUAAACACAGCUGUUCUGCCGCAAGGCACAUCGCUGAUCAUCGACGAUUAUUGGACACUUCAAGCUUGAAGGACGCUUUAUUCGUUACAAGUUCAUUACAAAAUCAAUCAUGGAACUAGUCAUCACUAUGCUGAACGGGACGUCCCGGACGCUGAAAGUAAACCCUCACGACACAGUGGGGUCCCUGAAGACGCGCAUCCAGGGGCAGCUGGGGGUCCCCGUUUCGAGACAGAAGCUGGUCUUCAACAAUGGCCAAAGUACACCUCUGAACGACGACUCCAGACCUCUGAGCUCCUACAACAUGCUGUCGGGCUCCCGGGUGUCCCUGCUGGUCACCGAGCCCACCACCAUCCAGGUGUUCCUCAAAAAUGACAGGGGGAUCAGCAGCACCUACAAAGUCACACCAGAGGAGACCGUGGAGGACUUCAAGAAGAGAGUUCAGGAAAGAGAGGGGGUUCCUGCGGACCAGCAGAGGUUGUGCUAUCAGAGCCGACAGAUGGAUACUGGGAAACUAGCCGACUACAAUGUGAAGGACCUGAGCACCAUUGACCUGAUGCUGCGUCUGAGAGGAGGCUGA